AUGUCUCUGCAAGGUCUGCGGGUUUGGCGUCCCAUACUCUCUGCUCUUCUUCCCCGUGGGUCCUUUCCCCCGUCCUUCCUCUUCUGUCUCUUUCUCCACCUACCAAGGCCCCCGCCCUUCACAUCACCGCCCCUCACACCGCCCGGCUUCCAUGCUGUGGGUGGGGCAGGAGUCUGGCCAUGGCACGUGCGCUCUGCCUCUUGCACCGCCACCACUUCGGCCCUCCCAUCGGUGCACGCGGUGAGCCCUCCAUGUCCUCCUGUCUGCACCGCUGGCCUCUGUCCCAGUGCAGGCCGGCCAGGCGUGUGUGCUGGCACGACACGGCUCCACUCCACCCGAAACGUUAAGGUGGGGGCAAGAUGUGCCACGGCACGGAGCAUGCGGUGCCGGAGAGAUUCGCCUGACUGUGUUGGCGCUUUUCCCGAGCCUCACGAGCUCGCGCGCUUGGAGAUACCAUACCUAACCAGCAGGUGCGGGCUGGGGUACCGAGGCCCACGGAUUGCCAAGCUGGCAGCUGACGUGGCAUCUGGUACCAUUGACCUGGAAGCACUCCAGAGGGACUGCCUGCUGGAGAAUCCGCCAAGCGGCUGUGACAUGGCAGCAGUAGGUGCGGAGAGGGAGAUGGCAGGGCAGGCGGGUGUGGGAGGCGGGGAGGGCGGCGAGCAGGCAGACAAAGGAGUGGAGAUGAGAGGGGCAGACGAUGUGGGAGUGGAUGCGAGGAGAGGGGCUGGCAGGAGGAAGAGGAGGAGGAAAUUGGAGGACGAUGGGCGUGAGUUGAACGGAGUGGAGGCAGCAGAGGAGGCGCAGACGCUUGUGGCACGUGAGGACAGCAGCGCUGCAGCUCGCAAGGGGGGGCCCUGCCAUGGCACUGCGCCAUUGACUCACACCGCCAUCAAGGGCAGGAGGCAAGCAGACAGGCGGGGGAGGGCGGGGAGUGCGACGGACAAGGAAGAGGAGGUGGGGUGGGAGGAGGCGGUGAGGCAGAGGGUGCAGCGCUUGCCGGGGUUAGGGCCAUUCUCAUCGGCCAACGUGCUGCAGUGCAUGGGCGUCUUCUGCUUCGUGCCCGCUGACUCCGAAACCAUCCGCCACCUCAAGGCGAGGGGGCAUGCGGGGUGCACGGCUGGCACGGUGGAUGCACUGGCAGCACGAGCGUACGCCGCCCACGCGCCCUUCCAGUUCCUCGCCUACUGGCAGAGCGCAUGUGUGACACGUGGCUCCACCCUGCCGGGUGCGAACCCACUGCUUACUCUCAAGCGCCUCACACUCCCUCACUUUCACUUGCCCCUGCUCACACCACUCCCUGCAUGUCCCUGCCGUGCUCUGCUCAUGUCGCCGUGCUCCACUCGCUCUGCUGUGCGCUGCUCCGCUGCUGUCGCGGUGGGGGGGCGGCAUGGCAGGUGGGACAUAUGGGGCGAGUACGAGCGGGUGUUUGGCCCCAUGGCGCACCUGCCCUCAUCGCGCUACCCUGCCAUCACGGGCCACAGCAUGCGCGCGGCUGGGGGCGCUGGGGGGGUGGGCAGGGGAGCUGGGGGUAAGGUGAGUGAUGGUGGGGGCAGUGAUGCGGUGGAGGGCAAGGCGGGUGGUGGUGGCGGCGGUGGUGGUGUGAUGGUGAGCGCUCAGCGCCGCCGCACUGGCAGGCGGCGCUCACAGGGUGAGUCUAGCAGCCCGGCCACACGCUCCCCUGGUGAUGCAGAGGGGGGUGGCGGGGUAGAUGAGGGGGGUGCAGGGAGAGGCGGAAGAGGUGGUGAGUCAUGUGGAGAUACGGCAUCAGCUGGAGUGGUGAGUGCUGCGGGAGAGGUAGCAGCAGUCGUGGAUGCGGCUGCUGCUGCCGUGGAAGACACUGCUGAUGGCAGGGUGUGUGUGCAGUGCAGUGCAGCAGGCAUGGGCGUGCGGCGCAGCAGGCGGGUCAUGGCACAACGCAGUCAGCGCGGCAGUGCGAGUGGCACGGCCGCCUGUAGUGCCUGCUCAGCGCGGAGCCGUGGUGUGGAGCAGCAAGGGGCGGAGCGGAAGAGCCGGGAGCGUGGCAGUGGCAAGGGGAGGAGGCGAGGGCACAGCGGUGGGGGUGAGAGGGGUGGGGACACGGGUGUGGGUCGAAUUCAAGGGCCGGUUGGCGGGGGGAGGAGAGGCAGUGCUGCAGUGGGGAGGGGGCGAAGAAGGGGGAGGAGUGAGUUAGAGAGGGAUGAGGUGGGAGGGAGUGAAGGGGGCGAGGAGAGCGGAGGCGAGGCGGGGAUGGAGAUGGUGCCGAGAAAGAUUGGCCUAGGGCAGCAAGGGGGUGGGCAGCAGGAGGGCGAGGAGCAGGGGGGCAGGCAGGUAUGGGUGCAAGGGGAGCUGCAAGCAGGAAGCUUCCACACAGGAGGCGAGGUGGGAGUGGCAGCUGCGUGGGUGAUGGAUGAUGUGCAGACGAGCAAUGAGGGGGGCGUGGCAGGUGGGCAGGAGGAGAUGGAGAGUGGGAAGGGCAGGCCAAGCCAAGAGGGGGUGGUGGCAAGGCACCGCCCAAACAGGCGCCUGCUGCUGUAG